AUAUAUUUAAACUUUUAAAAGUAUCAAACACGAACGCAGUCAUAUUAUACUCCUUUUCACUUAACAAAUUAAAAUAAAUUGAUAUAAACAAAAAUCGAGAAAAAGGGAAGUUUAGGAAAAUUUCCUAUCAAUAAAUUUAUUAAAAAAAGACAGUUUUAUCUGUAUACUAUUCUGUCAAGACACAUGCGUGUAACGAAAAAUUAAUUUAUUGUUUAUUCCCAUGUGGUGGAAAAAUGGACGCGCACAUGAUUCUGUGAGGUUUUGAAAAUGUUUUUCUUGAGUGUCCUCAUUCGUUGAGUGAUAAAAUUUGACGACUUUGUGACAAAGUGUUGUUUAAAAAUGACAGAAAUGCCUCCUUAUCUCGCGGUCAAAGAUGAGGAUAAAAACAGUGUUCAGGGUGACAGUGAUACAUCGGACGUAGACGACUGGGAUUUACCACUAAGUUAUGAUAAACCCAGGCACCUGGAGCCUAUAAAGGGCGCCGAGCGCGUAGAGCACACGUGGAGGGUCAAAGAAAAGUACAAGACUCAUUGCGUGGCUCUAGUGCUAUGCCUGAAUGUGGGUGUGGAUCCCCCCGAUGUGGUGAAGACUCAACCUUGUGCCAGGCUUGAAUGCUGGAUAGAUCCACAAUCGCUGUCUCCGAGCAAGGCGCUGGAGAGUAUCGGGCACGCGCUGCAGUCGCAGUAUGAGCGCUGGCAGCCGCGCGCGCGUUACAAGCAGAGUCUCGACCCCACUAGUGAUGAGGUCAAAAAGCUGUGUUGCUCGCUCCGUCGCAAUGCUAAGGACGAGCGGGUGCUGUUUCAUUAUAACGGACAUGGCGUCCCCAAGCCCACCACACAAGGCGAGAUCUGGGUCUUCAACAGGGCCUACACGCAGUACAUCCCCCUGUCGAUGUACGACCUGCAGACGUGGAUGGGCGCGCCCUCGCUCUACGUGUACGACUGCUCCAACGCCGGCGUCAUCGUUGACAACUUUAAACUAUUCGCCGAACAACAUGAACGCGAAUACGAGGCUCAACUGAACUCGAAGUCGGAGGAGGGCGGGGGCGCGGCGGGCGGCGCGGCGGGCGGCGCGGCGGGGGCCGCGGCGGGCGCGGCGCCCGUGUCGUACAAGAACUGCAUCCAGCUGGCGGCGUGCGCGGCGGGGCAGGCGCUGCCCAUGCACCCGGAGCUGCCGGCCGACCUGUUCACGGCGUGCCUCACCACGCCCGUCAAGAUGGCCAUGAAGUGGUUCGUGCUGCGCAGCCGCGCGCGCUCCGCGCCGCCCGACGUGCACGACCUCAUCGACAAAAUUCCUGGCCAGGUCACAGAUCGACGCACUAUGCUGGGAGAAUUAAACUGGAUCUUCACAGCCAUCACGGACACGAUUGCAUGGAGCUCUCUGCCACCAGAACUUUUUCAGCAACUGUUCCGUGCUGAUCUACUCACCGCUUCGCUUUGCAGGAACUUCCUACUUGCCGACAGGAUUAUGAGGUCGUACAACUGCACGCCGGUGUCCGCGCCCGCGCUGCCGUCGCUGGCGGCGCACCCGCUGUGGGCGGCCUGGGAGCACACGCUGGACCUGGCGCUGGCGCAGCUGCCGCGCCUGCUGCGCCCCGAGCCCGCCGACUACACGCACUCGCCCUUCUUCCGCGACCAGCUCACCGCCUUCCAAGUGUGGCUGGACCUGGGCAAAUGGAGCGCGUGGCGGCCGCCGCCCGAGCAGCUGCCCAUGGUGCUGCAGGUGCUGCUGAGCACGCUGCACCGCGUGCGCGCGCUGCGCCUGCUGUGCCGCUUCCUGGCGCUGGGCGCCUGGGCCGCGCGCGCCGUGCUGGCCGUGGGCAUCUUCCCCUACAUGCUCAAGCUGCUGCAGGCCUCCGCGCCCGACCUGCGCGCCUCCAUGGUCUACAUCUGGGCCAAGAUCAUCGCCGUCGAUCCGAGUUGUCAAGUGGAUUUAGUAAAUGCUAAAGGACACAAGUAUUUCCUGUCAGUUCUACAAGAUCCAACGGUAGACAGCGAGCACCGCACCCUGGCGGCCUACGUGCUGGCGGGCAUCGUGGACAACUACCCGGCGGGGCAGGAGGCCGCGCUGCAGGGCUCCAUGAUCUCCGUGUGCCUGGAGCAGCUGUCGGGCGCGGCGGCGCUGUGGGCGUGCGUGGGGCUGGGCCGCCUGUGGCGCGGGUUCGACGCGGCGCGCUGGGCGGGCGCGCGGGACCUGGCGCACGAGAAGCUGUGUCCGCUGCUGCGCCACGCCGCGCCCGAGGUCCGCGCCGCCGCCGCCUUCGCGCUGGGCGCCUUCGUGGCGGCCGCCGCGCCCACGCGCACCGACCACGCCAACGCGCUCGACCACCAGGUGGGCGUGGCGCUGGCCGCGCGCCUGCUGCCCGACGCCUCGCCGCUCGUGCGACACGAGAUCCUGGCCGCGCUGCAGUGGAUGGUGCUGAUAUUCGAACAACACUUCAUCGCAGUUUAUCUUCAGGAAAGAGUACGAAAAAGCGACAGAGAGGCGACCCGCGGCGGGCGCGUGGACCAGGGCUGGGACGCGCUGUCGGACGCGCGCGCGCCCGCUGCGCACACGCACCGCGCCGCGCUCGCACUGCCCUCUAUCGGCUUCGGCUCGGUGUACAUGAAGCUGUGGAACACGCUGACGACGAUGGCGCGCGAGCCGCACCCGCAAAUCUCACAGAUGGCCAACGAUAUUAUUAAUUAUAUCUCAAAUCAGGUGGACAGCGUGGGUCGCGAGAAGGAGCCGCUGCGCAGUAAGGAGGCGUCGUCCCUGCCGCCGUCGCCCAACACGCGCGCCUCGCCGCUGGCCGCGCACGACGCGCGCACGCUGCCGCUCGGUAGUCGUCGUAGUAAGACGGGCUUGCCACACACCAUCUCCGAAGACUCGGUGGCCGUACGAGAUCGAGACCGAGAAUCUACCUCAUCUACCUCUAGUCAACCGAUAAAGAAGAAGCCCAUCGUGACGACGCAGUUCGUGGAGUGGGCGUCGUCGCGGUUCGCGCGGCCCGAGAGCGGCAACAGCUGGCGCGACGACUGCGAGUCGCGGCCCCACCACGAGCGCGUCUGGCGCUACGCCAGGAACCGCAGCCUGCGCAACGACGCCAACGCGCUGCGCUCGAGCCGCGUGUCCCGGCUGGAGACCCAGGCCUUCCACUCGCGCUGCCCGCUGCCGCCCGCCGUCGUCAUGUUCCACCCCUACGAGCAGCACGCUGCCGUCGCCUCCAAGGACAACUUCGGCAUCUGGGACUGGGGCACGGCGGCCAAGCUGUGCGUGGGGUCGUGGCGGCGCGCCUGGGGCCGCAUCACGGCCCUGGCCUACCUCAACGCGCACGAGCACGCGCUGCUGGCCGUGGCCUCGCACACCGGCAACCUCGCCAUCUACAGGCCGUCGGGCAGCAGCAUGGAGCCGGCGCUGGUGUCGGCGUGGCGCGCGCUGGACGUGCGGCCGGCCGCCGACUACCGCCCGCCGCCCGCGCAGGCCGUCUACAGUCUAGCGCAGCUCGUGUCGGAGCAGUUCACCUCGGCCGAGGACAAGCAGGCCGGCGCCAAGGGCAAGCAGGACGCCGGCCUGGUGAGCCCCGUGGUGGGCGGGUCUGCGAGCAGCGCCGCCUACAGCCCCACGCCGCCGCCCACGCUCAUGCGCUGGUGCGAGCUGCGCCGCACGCUGGCGCUGGCCGGCCGCGCCUCGCUGCUGCGCCUGUGGGACGCGCACACCGAGAUGCUGUACGCCGACAUCAACACGGAGUGCGAGGCGGCCGCGACGUCGCUGUGGCGCGGCGGCGGCGUGGCGCUGUGCGGCUUCGGCGACGGCGGCGUGCGCGCCUGGGACGAGCGCUCGGGCGCCGCGCUGUACCGCCUGCAGCAGCACCGCGCGCCCGUGCUGGCCGCCGCCGCGCGCCCCGACACGCACGCGCUCGUCACCGGCUGCAUCAACGGCGAGGUGCGCAUCUACGACACGCGCAAGAUGGCCGUGACGGAGACGCUGCAGGCGCCGGCGCCGCUGGCCGCCAUCGACGUGCACCCGCUGUGCAACCUCAUCGCCUGCGGCUCCGUCAACCAGUGCAUCAGCAUCUACGACCUCAAGGGCACCCAGCUCAACACCAUCAAGUUCCACGAAGGUUUCAUGGGCGCUCGCAUCGGACCGGUCUCAUGCCUGACCUUCCAUCCGCUCAGGUGCGCGAUGGGAGUGGGCUCGAAGGACUCGACGGUGUCAGUGUACGUGUCGGAGGCGCGGCGGUGACCCUCGCUGUACAGCCUGGCGCUGCCGCUGCCCUUCCAGUGAGCCGACAGAUGCGACAUUCAUCUUCCGCCGUUGGUUCGGCGGCCCGCAGUAACUGGCCGGCAAUGCGCUACUCUACUAUACACUUACAAUCGAACACUUUGAAUCAUUACCCACCUUCAGUCUCGUUUUUACAUUUCUGUUUGCAUAAAUACAAAGCGACAUACAAUUUAAUCAAUGAGAAUGUACAUAUUUUUGUUGCUCAGUAAAAACACAAUGCUCAGACAAAAACUGUUAUAUUACAGAGAUGUAUAUAGUAAAAUUCAGACUGAUCGACAGUGUUUUGUUAUACUCAGAAGUAUUGUGAGACUAAAACCUCCCGACUGGUGGGCCCUGAUUCGGAUGGUUCGACCGUACACAACUAUGUACAAGUAUCUAUUCACUGACAUGGUCUUACUCCUCGCCUGGAUUAUUUUCUAAGCCACGACACUUUGGUAAUGCUUUCUGUCUAGUCUGAUACAUUGUCCACAUCAAAUAACUAAAGGAUUCACAUUUUGUUUGUGUUAAGGUAGGUGUGUCAUUGAAUACUUAUUUAGUGUAUGGGUAAUCUUAGGGAGUACUAUAAAUCAGUGUAAGUGUCAGUGAUAUGAGUAUAAUUGGAUUGUAGAAUAUUAUUCGCAUGUAAUCGACAAAACGUAGAUCUAACGGCGUUCGGAUACACACAAUUAUUAAUAAAACGUUACCAAAAAUGAAUACUCACUUCGUUGUUUAUGAAUAGGUAAUAAAUAAUUUGUAUAAUUUCAAUUUGUCAUGCGUUAUUGCUCGAAGGAAAUUUGACCAUGUUUAUAGGCCAUUAUUAUAUUGGUUAGUGUGUGAAUCCGAACGCGUAAUAAGAAUAUUUGGUGCUACAUUAUACCGAUAUUAUAAUGUUAAUUUGUUGUUAUCGACUCUGUUGCGCUGGUCUGUGGGAUUUGCGACUGUGACGUUGCUAUCACACAGUUGUACAAACAAUUUUACAUUGACCUUGUGUAUCAUAGGACUACUUUUUUUUGUACAAAACUAUUGUUGUGUUUAAAUAUCAAUUUUAAACUGGUGAAAUUCAUGGGGGUAUUCUUUAGUAAUCGGCUGCAUUCAUAGGAGUGUGGGGAUUUGGGGAGGGGGGAGGGGUGGUGCCCAGGAUAUACCCCCUAAAGGGAAAAGAUGCGGAAACGUAUAUUUUUUGAGAUUUUUUGAAAUUUAGUUUUGAGGUUAGGAGUGUCAAAACGGUGUUAUUGGUUCGGUCGACGGAGCCCCGCUUCGCGGGGCUCCUACUUCUGGGUGGUUUAAAAAUAAAUAACCACGAAGUGGUUGGCGGGGUCUAUUCGCUCGCUUCGCUCGCUCAACGACCCCGCCAACCACUUCUAACCUAACCUGUCCAUGUCGGGGUGCGCCGAGUCGGGGUGUUAACUAUGAUGAUGGUUCUAGAUUUAGUUUUAUACAUUUCAACAUUUUACAUAAAUUUCAAUUUAUAUGAUAAUCAUCAUAACAAUUUAGAAAAAUCAAAAUACGAAAACACGGAACAUAAACAAUCGCGAACGAAAAGCGAAUGAACUAAAUGAACUAUUGGAAUGUAAUUACACUCUUUGACAGUUGA